AUGCCUGACCAGGUGCAGGCCAUCUUAGCCUCGGGGAAAGUGCACUUUAUUGUCGGUGACAUGCGGAAGGCAGACUUUGGCCUCAAGAACGAGGUGCUCGAGGAGUUGCGCGAGCAGGUCACUCUGGUCAUCCACACAGCAGCCAAAAUCAGCCUCGAGGCGAGUUUAGUGGAUGCUUUCGAGAACAAUUGUCUCCCAGCAUUGGAAAUGGCCCGUAUUGCUUCGCGGUUCCGCCGGCUGAAGCUUCUCAUCCAACUUUCCACAGCGUACGCCAACAGCUUCUUGCCUGAUGGGCCAGUGUUAGAGCGACCGUACACUCUCCCGGAUCACGAUGGAGAUGAUGACCCCGAAGAAGAGUUAUCAUCGAUCUUGACAUUGAAUCAGUCCCCCAUAGCGAAUCGAUUCUCCUCGCCCUACGCGCAGGCCAAAUAUAUCAUGGAACGACUGCUCCCACGUCGGUUCCCCUUGCUGCCCAUCUUGUUGGUACGACCGACCAUCUUCGGCCAGGCUUUACGAGAUCCGUUUCCCUUGUAUGGACUGGAGAAUUCGACCCCGAUGAACAAGUUCUUCCAGCAUUUCUUGGCCGACCGUGGCGCCACGCAGGUAUGGCAUGCAGCAGCAGGAUACACAACCGGCGCCAACAUCAUCGACGAGAUUCCUGUAGAUUUUGUCGCCAACGCAUGUUUGGUACAUGCUGCUACACGAACAACGGGUAUUGUACAGGUCGGCGCGCAGCUCUAUGAGCCCUUCACUUUUGACGCAUUCUUGGAGAUGGCCGUUAGUAAUGCGCCGCCUGCUAUUCUCCGUGAUCUUCCUCGAGUGGUCUUCACCGAGGACCUCAAUGCACCGCAGUGUUUCCUGGCCGAGCUAGUACAAGUAGCUUCACGGCAUUGGUUGUUCGAUUGUGGUCGGUCUUAUUGGUUGAAGCAGCUUGGGGGUCCCUUGAGUCUCCAACAAUGCAAGCCACAGGUGGACGAGGUGAAUCGACGGCGGCUGCAGCAGAUUUACAGUCGAUUGAUGAAAAAGGAAAAGGCACGACUGUAG